AUGAUUUGUCCUUAAUAUUUAUUGGAUUCCAUCAAUAAUUGUAACGAAAGAGUUAUCAAGAGAGCAUAUGAAAGACUGGAAGGUAAACAAAAUCUAGUAGAGGUGUGUUAAUAAUUGAAAUAAUCUUUAAGGACACAAUUAAGCUUACAUAAUGUUCAAGAAAAAAAGACUGACAGUAAAAUUUCCAUUUAUUAUUUAACAGACAUCAGUUAGUUAGCAUUAUUACUAUUAGCACUUUGUAGCUAUAAAUUAAAUGAUUUCAAUUUAAGUUAUUUAAUUUCUUACUUUGGAUGUUCGCAAGAAACUCCAUCAUAAGAUUCACUUGAAUUCGACUAAGUAGAAUGGCGAAAGUUAGAAUUAGAAUGGAUAUCGAUACAAUCCUUAUAAAAAAUGAAUCAGUUAUAAGAAUGCAUUGAUAAAAUAGAGAUUGUUUAAAAAUUAAUAUAAACGAGCAAGAAUAAAAAAACAUGGGCUUAAUUAGACAUUAUUUUAGAUUAGAAGAAAUCAUAUUUGCAAGACUACAUUGAUAAUAAAUAGAAAACAUUUUAAACAUAUAAUGAUGAAGAGAAAACAGCCUUAGCAAAGAAAUUACAAUAAUUAUUACUAAAGUAGGAAUAGGAUCGGUAUUUUGAAUAAGAAGGCUAUCCUGCUUAUUUAAUUAGUUCUCAAUGGAUUGCUCGUUUUAGUUUAUACACAAAAUAUUACGAAUUAACAAGGGAAAACCCAGAUUCCUUAAAAUAAUUCAUAGCAAAAAAGAAUAACUCUAUGGAUGAUGAAACAUUUGUAGAAAUAUUUAAAUAAUACUGUAAUCAAUAAACAUAUGAAGAAUUAGAAAGAAUAUCGAAUUCAACCCAAAAUAAUACGGACAUUCAUAUCUGUCCAAUUUAUAAUGAUGAUUUAAUUGAUACAUAAACAUCAUUUGAGAAGGACCCAUUGAAAGCAAAAAGCUAUUCCAAUUAUGCUUUAAACAAAUCUAUAAGAGAGAAUUAGAAUUUCAUUUUUGUCAGUAGUUAGAUAUGGAGAUUCUUAUAUGGAUUAUUUGGAGGAGUUGAAAUAAAAAGACUCGUCUUAUGUAGAAGCAGACAUGCAGUUGAAACACAUUUAUUUCAAGUUAGAUGCUAAUUAUUCCCAUAACAAUAAUAAAGGAUAAUAAAUUUAUAAUUUAAUGGAAACGAAAGGAUUGAAGACCUUGUUAAUAAAGUAAAUAGGAUAACUAGUUAAAAAGUCAGAAAUGUUUGGAAGAUUCCUAAAGAAGUCAACUAAGAGGAAUUAAUGAAAAGUUAAUAAGUUGUUGGUACUAAAAUAAGCAGAGAUAACAUAUUAGAAUAAGCUGAGAUAGGACCUGAGGAAGUUUUACUUUUAGAAUUAGAGUAAGAAUAAUAUAGAUUAGAAAAAAAAGAGAAUUUGUAAACAAUAUCAAUUCCUAAUAAAUGCAUGAGUUGUGGUAAUCAGGAUUCUCAACUUUAUUUAUGUGAAUGCAGAAGUGUUAAAUAUUGCAAUGAAACCUGUCAAGCUAAUGAUUUAAAGAAUCAUUAAGAUGUUUGUAAAAAAAUCAUGGAAAAGGAUUCCUUAAUCAAUCAAUUAUCUAAGAAAUAUAAAGUGAAACCUCCAGCUAAAAUAGUCAAAAAUUCAGCCAAAGGAAUCUGUGGAUUAAGUAAUUUAGGAAAUACUUGCUUUAUGAAUUCAAGUUUGCAAUGUUUGAGUAAUGUCACUGAACUAACUGAAUAUAUGAUAUACAAUACUUAUCUCGAAGAUUUAAAUGAGAAAAAUCCAUUAGGAACUGGAGGUAGAUUAGCUUGCAAUUAUGCUGAAUUGUUAAAGGAACUUUAUGAAUCUACAUCAACCAGUGUAGCACCUUGGAAUGUUAAAAAGGUGAUUGGAUAACAGGCUCCUCAAUUUAAUGGUUAUAGUUAAUAGGACUCUCAGGAACUACUCUCAUAUUUAUUAGAUGGUUUGCAUGAAGACAUGAAUAGAAUUAAAAAGAAACCUUACAUUCCAGAGGUAGAAUACAAGGGUUAGAGUGAUUAGGAAUUUGCAGAUAUAUAUUGGGAUAAUCAUAAAAAGAGAAAUGAUUCUAAAAUUACUGAACUCUUCACAGGAUAAUUUAAAUCUAGAGUAGAAUGUCCUGAGUGUAAUUUUGUAUCCAUUACAUUUGAUCCUUUUGUUACAAUUUCAUUACCCAUUCCAAGCAAAGAAUACGUUUAAUUUUAAUUUUAUUUAAUUUUCAGGGAUUCUAAUCAAACCCCUUUAAAAAUUUAACAAACUUUACAAUCUACACAGACAGCUGGAGAAAUUAUAGAAAUCAUUUCAAAGAUAAAGAAUAUCAAAGCUGAAUAUCUCAAAUUCUAUUCCUUACAAGAUUCAGCUAUAAUUGACAAUGGAAUAUCAUCAGAAUAAACUAUCAAAUAAAUCAAAGAGAGUUAAGCUACUACAUUUUUGUAUGAAGAAUAUGAUGAAAAGAUAGAUAAACCAAAUUCUAAAUAUGAUUCUAAUAUUAAAACACCUUAUCAUCAAGUUCUCUGUAAUGUUAAAAAACUAGAAGAAAGUAAACUUAAUCAAUAGAAUUAUAGAAUAUCUUUUACUAGAGUUUGCUAUGUUGAUAGUCAAACAACUUAUUAAGGUCUCCACCUUAUUAUAUACUAGAUAUUCAGAACUCAUUUGAUUCAAAUUAGUGAGAUCACUUCAAAUUUGAAUUUAAAUAAGGAAUUUGAGUAGUUCUUAAAGAAUAUCAAGAAAUUUGUUUAUAAAGAUUACUUUGAAGAAUAUUAGGAUUUAUUAAAAUUGAAAGAAUUAAUAUAUUAACUCUAAGAUGAUAAUUGUAAGCCUCUGCCCUUUACGGAUAAAUAAAUAGAAGUAAGCGGAAAGUCCAUUAACUUAAAUGCCCAAUUUAAAUUACGAGCUGAACUCUUAAAGUUGAAUAGAUGUGUUGAUGCAGAAUUUACACUCUAGGGUCCGAAUCAAAGUUUGUAGUAAACCAUCUCUUUGAAUGAUUGUUUGAAUUAAUUUUGUUAAGAGGAAGUCUUAGGAGCAGGAAAUGAAUGGUAUUGUUCUAAAUGUAAAAAACAUCAGAAGGCAAAAAAGCAAAUGCAAAUAUACAAGGCACCAUAAAUUAUGAUAUUACAUCUGAAAAGAUUCCGAUCGACAAGAGUGACAUAAUUUUAUGGAACCUACUCAGUUGGAGGAGUCACUAAGAUUGUCUAAUUUGUUGAUUUUCCUCUUGAAAAUUUCGAUAUUCAACCAUUUAUUUUAGAAAAAGAAUCUUAACAACCUUAUGUUUAUGAUUUAUUUGCAAUUUCAAAUCAUUAUGGAGGCAUGGGAGGAGGACAUUACACUGCAUAUGCAAAGAAUCCUAUGUAUAAUGCCUGGUUUGAUUUUAAUGAUUCUUAGGUUAAAGAAUUAAGAUCUAACCCAGUCACAGAUGCUGCUUAUGUUUUAUUUUAUAGGAGAAGAAAGGUAAAAUGA